AUGUCUCCUAGUCUAUUCUUUCCUGUCCGCACCGGGGUAAGUAUACAGUCAGCGGCCGGCAGAAACCCGCCCCGACUCUCCCCACCGAACCCUCAAACGAACACCGCCUCCUUCAAGCGCGCCAUGGAGGACUCAAGGCAUAAGUCGGGCCCCUUUGAGCCCUUUGAAUCCAAACAGCCUUUCCCUCCCUUGCUCGACGAGCUAGUGUCGCCGACCGAGACACACGCAAGCUACACCGACGACAGUGUCACUUCCCCUGGCUACGAGGAGAUCGAAGUGGAAGACGACGCCGACUUCCAGUCCCAUUACUCCCUCGACCCUCAGUCCCUGACCGAUUCGGAAUCUGACGAUUCCCCCGACCAAAUUGAUCGAAACCAUCCUUUUCGCCAGUCCUCCGGCUCGCUCCAUGGCCCCAACGCCUUCGCGCCUCCAUUCUACAACCGCCCACCGACGCCAUUGCCCCCCUCGCCCUCGCUGACCUCUUUGCUUCGACCCCCUUUCUCGACCAACACAUCCCGGCCGACCACUCCAGAUAGCUCUGAUGUAGAGACGCCCAACGACACCGAAGCCGCCGUCGCCAAGUCCGCCCGACGGGCGACCACCGUCCCGCGCGCCAGCCCCAAAGUGCCAACCUAUGAAUAUUACGGCUUCGUCCUUUACCUGGCGUCAUCGCUGGCAUUCUUGAUCUAUCUGCUCUGGUCCUACCUCCCGUCGCCAUUUCUUCAUCAAUUGGGGAUCUACUACUAUCCCAAUCGCUGGUGGUCCUUGGCCAUUCCCUCAUGGCUUGUGAUGUCCAUCAUCUAUAUUUACGUGGCGCUUGCGUCGUACAACACGGGAUAUCUUACUCUGCCCAUGAGCAGUAUUGAAAACAUCGUGGAUGAGGUAGCUAAUGUUGCGGUGAUAGAUGGGAAAGCGCGGCGCCGCCCAGGCGGAGCGACCAAGAUGAAACCGGGCGCGACAUCAUUCCAAAUCAUGGGUCCUCAGAACCGCAAAGUCAAUUGGGCGGAGAUCUGGAGUGAGAGCACAGAUGCAGUCAUGGAUAUUCCAGUGGGAGGGGUAACCGCGUCCAAUGACGUGCGUUAUCAUCACGUGAUUCCGCGUAUCGCGACAUGUGAGAGAUCUUGCAACUCGCCCGACUGGAUCUCGAAAUCUCCCAAAUCUUCCGCCCACGAGUACUUUAUCUCCCACUCCCCCUUCGCCUCCUUCAUUCAGACACUUUGGGCGCUGCAGGCUAAGGUUGCCUGCUUUCCAAAAAUGCCUGAAGCACCUUCGACUCCACCGCGGCCCGGCGCCGGACCACGUCAACUCCCCCGCGGUCCUAUAACGCCAGAACAGAAACGAAAAAUUGAAGAAAAUCGAAUCAGAGCCAAGGCACUCCGACAACAACGGGAGACUGAGCUCGCCCAACAAAAAAGCAGCGCACAGCCUAGCGCGCAGCCCGCCCAAGGAGUCAAACGAACAUUCAACACAAUGACAAGCCCCAACCCAGCGUCGAUGCGAGACGCGCGCGCAGGCACGGGCUCCGAUCGUCCUCUCGACAAUAUCAAGCCUGCCCGAAAUUUCACGCGCUAUGUCGACUAUGACUUCAGCAAAAUGACCGAUACCAAGGGUGGCUUCCUAACACAGGAGGAUGAUCCUUUCAAUAAAGCCCUCCAUCAGUCCGAGGAGAAGGAGGCACAAAAGCCAGCUAACAUGACCCAGAAGGAAUGGGAGCGUCAUCAGCUACUACAGUCCCUGCAACGGAAUAAACAAGGACCCUUCGAACCCGGUUUAAGCGUUCUUGAUGACAAGAGCACACAAAAGACGUGUCGAGAGUGUGGUAGUCUGGAGAUUGACUGGAAGUGGGAAGAGAUGCUUCGUUGCUGUAUAUGCCACGCAUGCAAGGAGAAGUUCCCGGAGAAGUACAGUCUCCUAACCAAAACGGAGGUAAAGGACGACUAUCUUCUGACUGACCCCGAGCUGCGCGAUGAGGAGCUUCUCCCCCGCCUCGAACGUCCCAAUCCACACAAGUCGACCUGGAAUAACAUGAUGCUAUAUCUUCGCUUCCAAGUGGAGGAGUAUGCCUUCUCCGAUAAGAAAUGGGGCUCUGCUGAAGCGCUUGACGCCGAGUUCGAACGCCGUGAGGGUGACAAGAAGAGACGGCGGGAGGUCAAGUUCAAAAGCAAAUUACAGGACUUAAAGAAGCGCACGCGAGUAGAGGCUUACCGCCGAAAUCGACAAGGGGCCUCCGGAGGUGACUUUGGAGAUGACCUCAGUACCAACCGCAAGCACAUCCAUGAAUGGGGACGGCCGAUCGAUAAUCCAGAGACUGGGAUGCCGAUCAAAACGUGUGUCGGUUGCGGGAUGGAAGUCGAAGAACUAGAGAUAUAA